UGGGAACCUAUUAUUCAAUGUUUUGAUUAUUUUGCAAGCAAAUUACCUCGUCUACUGUCAGUAAAGCUUGGAGCUGGAAUUCCUGCAAAAGUAAGAGGAUUGGUAUGGCAAGCAAUGUGCAAGUCAGGAUCAUUGCAUCUUGAAACUGUCUAUGGCCAGUUAUGUUCCGAAAAAUCUCCACAAGAACGUAUCAUUAAACGGGACCUGGCGCGCACUUUUCCUAGAAUCGAGAUGUUCAAACAAGAAGACGGUCCAGGUCAAAUAUCCAUGAGACGCAUUUUAGAAGCCUAUAGUCUUUAUGAUGCCGAUGUUGGAUAUUGCCAAGGCCUUGCCUUUUUGGUUGGACCUCUUUUAAUGAAUGCAAAAGAAAAGGCGUUUUGUGUCUUUGUAAGGCUUAUGGAGACUUAUGAAAUGCGUACCAUGUUUACACACAACAUGGAAGGCCUUCAGUUAAGACUGUAUCAAUUCUCCAGCUUACUUUCAGAGCUGUUGCCUGAAGUAGCAGCUCACCUGGAUACCCAUGCCGUACAUGCUGCUAUGUAUGCUUCACAAUGGUUUCUUACACUAUUUGCCUAUGCAUUUCCUAUGGAUCUUGUUACUCGUAUAUAUGACAUUGUAUUUGCAGAAGGAGCAGCCGAGACAAUAAUGCGUGUAGCGAUUGCAAUGUUAAAACGAUCUCAGGAAACCAUUUUGGCUGAAGAU